UAUAAUAAUAGUUAUUAUUUUUUAGUUAAAAGGUUAAAAACUUUGUUACUGAAAUGUUUGGUGGAGGAAAUAAUUUAGAGAAACAAUUAUUUAAUUUGAAAUUUGCUGCAAAAGAUCUUGAGCGUAGCUCUAAAAAAUGUGAAAAAGAAGAAAAAGCAGAGAAGUUGAAGUUGAAGAGAGCUAUACAAAAAGGGAACAUAGACGGAGCCCGCAUUCAUGCUGAGAAUGCAAUCAGACAAAAAAGCCAGGCACUUCAUUAUUUGAAACUAGGUUCGCGUGUGGAUGCUGUUGCACAAAGAGUUCAAACCGCUGUUACUAUGAAAAAGGUUACAGGUUCUAUGUCUAGCGUUGUGAAGUCAAUGGAUGUAGCACUUAAAAGUAUGGAUUUGGAAAAGGUUUCAGCAAUGAUGGACAAGUUUGAAAAACAAUUUGAACAACUUGAUGUUCAAACUCAAGUUAUGGAUGAAACUAUGAGUGCUGCAACAACGUUGUCUGUUCCUCAGGCUUCGGUGGACAGCUUGCUACAACAAGUUGCUGAGGAGCAUGGGUUGGAAGUGAAUCUAGAUCUACCACAAGGUCAAACUGGAUCUGUAGUUUCUGCUGCAGCAACUGAUGCCUCAUUAGAACAAGACGAACUUUCUGUAAGACUCGCAAAAUUGAGACAAUAGUUUUCUUUGUUGUCUUGUGGAUACAUAUAUAAACAUUUGUUUAAAGUUUUUAUUUAACGAACAUGCUUGAAAUAUUACUUCAGUCGUUUUUAGAAACUCGAAGUAGUUUAGAAAAGUUUUAAGAGCUGUAGGUGUCAAAAUGAUGUUGGAUUCUACCUAAAAAAAUUUUUUUUAAUCAUUUUUUAUGUUUA